GAUGUGUUUCGGGCUCGUGGAACUGGCACUAUUUGUAGUUAUGACUCGGAAGUCAUCCACAUGUUCUGCGCGAUACUGGUUCGUUACGUCACGGUGAUGCAUGGAGUAUUUCAGGGGUUACGCUGCUUGGGAUGGUAACACGACUCCGGCAGGAGAUGGGCGUAUCCUGGGUUCGUGGCUUCAUGCAGGUCGAACAACGCGGCUGGAACGACGACUCACCGACGCCGAACACUCGAUGCAUCAUUUUCUGAAUCUGCGUGCCAAGCACCUAUCAGGCUAUAUAAAGCAUCACGGUGAUACAGAUCUACCUGGUGAAAGUUUCGGUCUGGAUCUGGUGCGGCUACUUGCCACCCCUGGUCUGCAGACUAUGCCAAACUAGUAGUUCCUCGGGUUACUAUGAAGAAGGCACAAAAUAAUCAUACUAGUGGAUGUCAUUAUUGCUGUCAUAAUACACUACUCCGUGAUGUUAACCGUG